AACUCGACGUUCUUGGUCGCCAUCUUCUGAAAUGGGCGCAUGCAGCUUAAUAAAAAAGCUACUCUUAAUAAGUGAUUGAAAAAGUUAAUUGCGAUCAGGCGUUCAGUAAGACAGUCCAGCUCGGCUCUCUUGGUCUUGAUCCGUUUCACUUAAGAAGUUCAACGUUUAACUUUAGCGUUCACAGGGAGGAACUAUAUGGAGGUUCUUACUCCUUACCUAUGUCGAUAUAAAGGUUAUGUAUUUUCAGCAGGAGUUACUACGUCAGAAUACAUCGAUUCGCUCCAAACAUUCAAGAUAAGGGACAGCGAUAUUUUUCUGGUCACCUACCCAAAGUCAGGCACCAUAUGGACUCAGCAGAUCAUCACGCUGCUCUGUGAAGCAGAUCUCGCGAACGACGUUGUGUACGACAACAACCUGGAGACGAUGCCUUGGCUGGAGUAUCGAGAGGGGCGCCCGGACUACUCCUUGCGUCCCUCCCCCCGUUUAUUCGCCUCUCACCUCACCCCCGCCCUGAUGCCCCCUGGACUGAAGGACAAGAGGGCAAAGAUUGUGUAUGUGAUGAGGAACCCAAAGGAUGUCGUGGUCUCCUUCUUCCACUACUGCCACGUUUGGGCCAAACUGGAGACCCCCAAGAGCUUUGAGGACUUCAUGGGGGAGUUCCUGGAGGGAGCAGUUGGUGCAGCUUCCUGGUUUGAUCACAUCAAGGAAUGGUACUCAAAGAGAGAUCAGUACAACAUCUUGUUUUUGACUUAUGAGGACAUGAUCAAGGAUCUGAGGUCUGAGGUGCUGAAGAUCAGCAAGUUCCUCGGGAAGAACCUGGACAGUUCGGCCAUCGACCGUGUGGUGGAGAAGGCCACCUUCAAGAACAUGAAAAAGGACCCCAAAGCCAACUACGAGUUCCUGCCCCAAGAACUGCUGGAUCGAGAGCGGGGACACUUCCUUCGCAAAGGUACGGUCGGGGACUGGAAGAACACCUUCACCGUGGCCCAGAGUGAGCGCUUUGACCAGGUCUUCCAAGAGAGGAUGAGGGGCCUCCCACUGCAGUUCACAUGGGACAUUCAUGAGCAUCCAUAGUGGUUGUUGAGGCCUGCCAUUUUGGCUCCAGUUUCAAGUGGAAGUAAGCGUUCUAUUACUGGUUUGUCACAUGGAUAAUAUUUGUGAACAGAUGCAUGUUUGAGGGGAACAUUCACCUAAUGUGAAUUUUAUAUUAUAGACUAUGGAACUGAUUCAGAGCUACGAAAUGAGGUGUGGCUUACCAAGAUUGAUAAAAAAACCAUAUUGUUAAAUAGAACAUUGUGCUUUUGCAGUUCUGAGAAAUCACUUCUUCUUUUUUUUUUUUUGCAUACAUUCUCAGCCCAAAAUCCACUUUUAGAAAAGGAAUUAGCGCUUUAAAUGGAUAGAUUUCGAUAAUGCGGUACCCUGUCAGUAAGAUCAUUUUGAAUGUGCAGUUUUGCAGAGAAAAAAAA